AUGGCCCUCUACAUUGAGCGGUACCUCAACUAUGGUAUCACCCGGGAAGAACUGAUGUCUGGUAAACCAAUAAUCGGAAUAGCACAGUCCGGGUCCGACUUGUCUCCAUGCAACCGCCAUCACCUCGAGUUGGCGAAACGGGUUCGAGAAGGUAUCAGGUCCGCCGGAGGGAUCGCCUUUGAAUUCCCCACGCAUCCUAUUCAGGAGACUAGCAGGAGACCCACUGCUUGUAUUGACCGAAAUCUAUCGUAUCUGGGCCUGGUAGAAAUUCUCUUCGGAUAUCCCUUGGACGGUGUAGUCCUCCUGACGGGCUGCGACAAGACUACUCCCGCCGCUCUGAUGGCCGCGGCUACAGUGAAUAUCCCAGCAAUAUGCUUGAAUGUCGGCCCAAUGCUUAACGGUUACGUGAAGAAGGACCUGGCGGGGUCCGGAAUGGUAUUGUGGACGGGUAGAGAGAUGUAUGCGGCAGGUGAGAUCAACAAGGAGGAAUUCAUUGACUAUGUGUCCAAAGGUACACCAUCAGUGGGACAUUGUAACACGAUGGGAACAGCAUCAACUAUGAAUGCUUUGGCAGAAGCGCUUGGAAUGGCCCUACCUGGGUCGGCUGCCAUACCGGCUCCGUAUCGUGAACGUGGCCAAUGUGCUUACGAAACAGGUUUGCGUAUUGUCGAAAUGGUUCAUUCCGAUCGGAAGCCCAGCGAUAUUAUGACUCGAGAGGCUUUCGAGAAUGUUAUUGUAGUUAAUACUGCUAUCGGCGGCAGUACCAAUGCCCCUAUUCAUAUCAACGCCAUUGCCAAACAUAUUGGGGUUGAGGUUUCACUGGAUGACUGGGACCGACUUGGAUUUCAUAUUCCACUACUGCUAAACAUGCAACCAGCCGGUGAACUGCUGGGAGAGGAAUACUAUCGGGCGGGCGGGCUACCCGCGAUUAUGGCGGAGCUGCUAGAUGCUAGGAAGCUGAACCCGGAUGCUUUAACAUGCAAUGGUUACACAGUAGCCGAGAAUGUCCGGGACAAACAUACCUGGGACCGUCGAAUGAUCAAGCCGUACAAUGAGCCACUUCUGGAAGAUGCCGGUUUUCUCCAUCUUCAAGGCAGUCUGUUCCGGUCUGCUAUCAUGAAGACAUGUGUGAUAUCGGAGCCUUUCCGACAAAAGUUCUUGGAGAAUCCCAAGGACCCGAAUGCAUUUGAAGGUACGGUUGUAGUAUUUGAUGGACCGGAGGAUUAUCAUCACCGACUUGAGGACCCUUCCACCCCCAUCGACGACAGAAGUAUCCUGGUGAUGCGCGGUGCUGGCCCAUUGGGAUAUCCAGGUGCCGCCGAGGUCGUCAACAUGCACCCACCUGGACGGCUUUUACGACAAGGGGUCAAAUCGCUUCCGUGCAUUGGAGACGGGCGACAAUCGGGAACUUCCGGCUCACCAUCAAUCCUCAAUGCUAGUCCCGAGGCAGCGGCGGGUGGUAAUCUAGCCCUUCUUCAAGAUGGGGACAGACUCCGUGUUGAUCUAAAUAAACGGCGCGUUGACAUCCUUGUUUCCACGGAGGAACUGGAAAAGCGGAGAAAGACACUAGAAGCCCAAGGAGGUUAUGAUGUGCCGGAAAGUCAAACUCCAUGGCAGGAACUGUUCAGGAGGGAGACGACACAGUUGAGUGAUGGUAUGGUCCUCCGAGACGCGGUAAAAUACCAACGACUUGCCCAGCGAUAUGAGAACCCCCGGCACAAUCAUUGA